CUUCAUGUUGGUUGCAGCAUACUUAUCUUUUAUGUACUGAGGAAAUCUUCUACUAUUACUUUCAGCAGCUUUUUUCCUUCUUUUGUUUUUGGUUCUUCAAUUAUCGAAAGAGAAAAAAAGACCCAAGGAAAGAACAGACGAGAGAAACAAAAAAUGGGAGCUCUGGAUUAUGUUUCUGAUCUGUUUGACUGUUCUCGUGGCAGUUCCAAGCUCAAGAAACGUAAGCAGUUGCAGACGGUGGAGAUCAAGGUGAAAAUGGACUGCGAAGGAUGCGAACGCAAAGUUAGAAAAUCAGUGGAAGGAAUGAAAGGUGUGACGCAAGUGGACGUCGAACGUAAGGCCAACAAGCUAACAGUCGUUGGAUAUGUCGACCCAGCAAAGGUCGUCGCACGCGUGGCACAUCGGACGGGCAAGAAGGUAGAGCUAUGGCCCUACGUGCCUUAUGACGUGGUGGCCCACCCUUAUGCUCCUGGGGUCUACGAUAAGAAGGCCCCAGCAGGGUACGUUCUUAACGCUGACGAUCCGCAGCUGUCGAAUCUCGCACGAGCUAGCUCCACUGAAGUUAGAUACACCACGGCUUUUAGCGACGAGAAUCCUGCUGGUUGUUCUAUUAUGUGAUUGAUUGACAUUAAAAACAUAGUCUAAUUUUUGUGUUGAAAAAUGAAAAUUUGUCUAGUUCAAGGAUUUGUUUGUAAAGUGUACAAUUGGAUAUUUGGUCAGUUGUAUCAAAAUGUUUCAUGAGUAUUUAAUGGAUAGCAUUUUGUGGUAAAAGUACUUGGACCGAGAGAUGGCUCUCAAAUUCGAGUUUUAUAAGUAUAAAACAACAAUGGGUUACAUCAAAC